AUGCCAGACCUUGAUCGCAAGACAACGGGCCUCCCUCCUGUGAUCGCUGCAGUCUGCCGAAGUCAUGACUUGCGGAUUGCUCUGCGCCUGCUGCCAACUGUGCCGCUGGAUGACGCGUUUAAGGACGUUCUCGUUGACUGUACAAGAGCCGGAGAGUGGAAAGCUGCACUCCAGGUACUGAAAGCCGUGUUCGCAGUCAGCGUCCUACCCACUGUCUUGGGCUUCCGCACCGCCAUCACAGCUUGUGGGAAAACCCUGCGUUGGCAUCAUGUCCUUCGUUUGCUUGCACGGAUGGCGACUUCGAGAGUAUCACCAGACUUGAUCAGUUGGAACGCCAGUAUCAAUGCAUGUAAGAAAGGAGGCAAAUUGAAGAUGGCGCUACACCUUUUAUCGCAGAUGCCAAGUAUCGGGCUCGUGCCAGACAUUGUCAGCAUGAGUACCGCUAUCAGCGCGUGUGAGCAGGGCGGUGACUGGAUUAUGGCCCUGCACUUACUAGAGCAGAUGCCGAUAGCAAGAGUCGUGCCAGAUGUGAUCGCCUUCAACGCCAGCAUCAGCGCAUGUCAGAGAGGUGGUGAAUGGCGGAUGGCCAUGCACUUGUUAGCCCAGAUGCCGACAAAUAGAAUUUCGCCAGACGUCGUCAGCUUCAAUGCCGCGAUCAGCGCAUGCAAGCACGAAUGGCAGGUGGCCCUGGGCUUGUUAUGUCAGAUGCUGACUGAAAGACUUCAGCCAGACGUGAUCAGCUUCAAUGCUGGCAUCAGCGCAUGUGAGGAAGGAGGGGAGUGGAAGAUGGCCCUUCACCUGUUAGAUCAGAUGCACGUAGCUAUUGCAGAGCCAGACGUCAUCAGCUUCAAUUCCAGCAUCAGUGCCUGCGAGAAAGGAUGUGAGUGGCGGACGCCCUUGCAUUUGCUUUCGCAGAUGCGAAGAGACAGAGUAGUGCCAGACGUGAUCAGCUUCAGUGCUGGUAUCAGCGCAUGUGAGAAAGGUGGUGAAUGGCAGGUGGCCCUGCUGAUGCUUUCUGAGAUGCCGACCCACAGAUACACACCCAAUGUGUUUAGCUUCAGUGCUGGCAUCAGUGCAUGCACGAAAGGUGCUCAAUGGCGGAUGGCCCUACAACUGCUUUCUCAGAUGCCGGCAGCCAGAGUUCUGCCAAAUUCGGUCGCCGUCAGUGCCGCCAUAAGCGCCUGUGAUAGUCCUGGUGAAUGGCAGAUGGCCCUGCGCUUGUUGUCGAUAACGUCACAACCCAGUGCCGUACCAAAUGUGAUCAGCUUCAAUGCUGGCAUCAGCGCAUGCCAGAGAGCUGGUGAAUGGCAAGUUGCCCUGCGUUUGCUGGCGCAAAUGCAGAUGAUCGGCAGACCCCUGCCAGAUGUGAUCAGCUUCAACUCCAGUAUCAGCGCCUGUGGGAAAAGCAAAGACUGGCAAGUGCCGUUGCAGCUGUUCUCGCAGAUGCCGGCAGCCAGAGUAGUGCCCGACGUGUUCAGCAUCAGUGCCGGCAUCAGCACGUGUCAGACAGAUGGCGAGUGGCAAGUGGCCCUGCUUGUUCUUGCACAGAGCAUGCUCAGCUUCAGCGCAGGCAUCAGUGACCGUGAAAUUAGCCGCGGCAAGUGGCAGGUGCCCUUGCAGCUGAUAUCGCAGCUACCAAACUCUACAAUUGUGCCAGAUGCGAUCUACUUCAACGCUGGCAUCAUGGCGUGCUUGAAAGGUGGCGAGUGGCAGACGGCCCUGCAUUUGUUAGGGCAGAUGCCUCUAUACAGAGUCGCGCAAGACGUGCUCAGCUUCAAUUUUGCAAUCUGCGCAUGUAAGGCGGCUGGUGAAUGGCAGAUGGCCAUGGGCCUUUUGUCGCGUAUGUGGACGGCCAGACUUGUGCCAAACGUGUUCAGUUUCAAUGCCUGCACUAGUGCUUGUGACAAGGCGGGUGAAUGGCAGAUGUCCCUCCACUUGUUUUCACAGAUGACAGCAGCUAGAGUUGUGCCCGACCAGGCGAGCUACACCAUUGGCAUAGGAGCAUUUCUUACAGCUGGCCUUUGA